UCUAGUUCUAAGAUUUUUCUUUCAUCUCUCUCUCUCUCUCUCUCUCUCUCUCUCUCUCUCGUAUCUGCAAUGGCACCCAUGAGUCUGCCUCCUGGAUUUAGGUUUCAUCCAACGGAUGAGGAGCUUGUUGCUUACUAUCUGGAUCGAAAAAUCAAUGGCAGAACCAUUGAACUUGAAAUAAUCCCAGAAGUCGAUCUCUAUAAAUGCGAGCCAUGGGACUUACCAGAUAAGUCGUUUUUACCCAGCAAAGAUUUGGAAUGGUAUUUUUACAGUCCAAGGGAUAAGAAGUAUCCAAAUGGUUCAAGAACUAACAGGGCAACAAGAGCUGGCUACUGGAAAGCCACAGGGAAAGACAGACCAGUGCACUCUCAAAAGCGGCCUGUAGGUAUGAAGAAGACGUUGGUUUACUAUAGAGGUAGAGCACCCCAUGGCAUUAGAACCAACUGGGUCAUGCACGAGUACCGCUUAAUCGACUCACUAUGUGGCACUUCUUCAUCAUCAAGAUUAAAGGAUUCCUAUGCAUUGUGCCGUGUAUUCAAGAAAACCAUGCAAAUUAAUCCCAAAUCAAAAGAAGGGGAAAAUGGGAAUGUAAAGAACGAUGAAAUGUGGGUUUCUGAUGAACAGUUCUUAACAGAAGAUAAAAGUGGGAUUGAAACUUGUAAAGGGAGGGAAAAUGAAGAUGAGAAUUUCAACAAUGAUUACUCUAAAUUUCCAUCCGAUACAUCUUCCUCAGAUGUCACCCAGGGGACGCCAUUUGAAAAUGCAGUAGCCGAUGAUUCACAAGCUCCAUUUGCCUCUGAUGAAGCCAAUAGCUCCGCUAAUAUGUAUUAUGUUGGUGUAGACUUCUCCUCAAAUUUACUUCAGGACAUGCAGAUCCCAAACUACUCAAGCCUGCAUUACCCUUGCCCACCCUUAGAAUUAGAAGACUUCCCACAGAUAAAUAUAGCAGAGACAAAGCCAGCGAAGUCUGAAAUCAUGGAAGACUACGUAAUGUACGACAAGUACAAGGAUUGCAUGAACGGAACAUUAGAAGAGAUUUUCUCUUUAUGUUCCUCUCAAGACAAUUCCAUUUCCCUUUCCAUGCAAGACUGAGUACACUAACAACACUUUUUUUUUUCCAUAUUUUGCACGGGAGAGACUCUUGCUUAGAUCUGGUUUAUCAUGAACUCAAGAUAUAGCAUGUAUAAUGAGACACAUAUAUCUCAUAAAUCUAGUUUUGAGUCUAUAAAAAAAACAAGUUUUAGGUGAGUUGGUCAGCUCUCAGCUCUCAUAAUUGAAUACAUUAAAUUAACUGGGAUUCAUUUUACACAUAGGUAGUAUUGUGUGGGGCUCAAUAACCAAAAUGAGUAGAAAAAAGGGUUUAUUUUGCCAAAGCAACAUAACUAUAUAUACUUAAUGUACUUCAAUGUAGA